AUGGAAGAUUUUGAAGUUUAAGACUAUUCAACGGGAUUAUCAAGAUUCUACUCCAUAGAAGGGUAAAUAGAAAUUGAAUAUAUUUUAAUAGAGCAGAAAUUCUUGAGAUAAGAGGUGUCAUUAAAGUGAUCAAUAAAGAUNCUGAAGUUUAAAUUUCUGAAAUUUAAAAUUUGUUAAGUAUGAAAAUCAUAAUAAAAUCUCAAAAAUUAUAGGCCAUUUUAAGAUAAAAUUCUAACUAAAUCUAUAGGUUACCAAUCGUUAAAAGAUAAUCAAAUUAAAAAUAAAUUAAGAUUGAAAAAAAUCUUUUGUAACAAUUACCAAAUAAUUUCGACUUAUAAUCCAAAUAACUAUAAAAUAAUUCUUGCAAAUCUUUAAGUUAAGUAUUUUUAAAGAUAAAUAAUUUAAAUUAAUUUUAACAAUAUAGAUAUGAAUUUUAAAUAGUUGUAUUUUAAUUUUAGAUUCCUUUUGUUUUGAAAUAGAGCUUUUUAAUAGAAAAACUAGAUUAAGUGAGAAUCUUCUAUGAUUCUUCAGUGUUAUUAAUAAUCAAAAAAAACACAUGUAUUAUUAAUAGUUUUGAAUAGUUUAGUUUCAAGAAAGCAUUGUUUUAUUUUGUAUAUAGCUAAAAUAUUCUGUUUUGUUUAAUUGCAUAAAUUAAUUAAAAGUGUAUCUCUGUUUGAUUCUAAUUAAUAGAGUUUAUCUUUCAGUCUUCAUUGCGUUUGUUUCAUAUAUAACAUAGGGGAAAUGGAAGGAAUAAAUAAUUAAGAAGACUUACUCUCUUUUUCUCUCUGA